UGGUAUACUUUUUGUUUUAUUGUUAUUAUUUUAAUUUUUUACUUCAGGCAAUCAGAUAGUCUGUAGUCGACUCUUCUCCGACUCGUGAGUAAGUAGUAGCGGCAGCGAUCUGAGAAUUGGAGUUUUAAUUGACUAGCCAAUUUGAUUUUGGAAAAAGAAAACAAAAUGAAUGAAUCGACGGUGGAAACUGGGGCAUCUGCCGUAAAUCUUCCUCUUCCUCCUCCUCCUCCCCCUCCUACUCAGAGACGGCCAAGGGUAAGGGAGGUGAGCUCUAGAUUUAUGUCUCCAUUGCCACCAUCUUCCACCACCACCUUAUCAUCCUUCUCCUCAUCCCCUCUUCCCACCAAUAAGCACCGCUCCAGCUCUGUGCAGAAGCAGAGACAAACGGAGCCUCUAUCCUGUACCGACGAGAACAGGGACUUGAUUCGCAGCCCACCACAACGGAAACGCUCUGUUAUGAAACUUUUCAAGGAGAACGGUGGGCCAUCAAUACGAUCACACAGGCCUGACACCCCCACUGUCACCACUUCCUCUAAAUUGCGAGUGAUCCAACAGCGCUCUACCCCCACCAUCUCAUCUGCUACAAAGCUCUUGCAAGAUUCCGGAAUGUCCGCUACCCAUUUGGAUAAUUCAAAUUUGAACGAAGUAUCACUAUCUGCAUCGCCAUUGUCUUCUUCUUCUUCUUGCGAUGCUCUUGACAAUAGUAAAAAUGAAGGCAACCACUUAGCCCGAAGCUCCUCCAUACAGAUUCUUCCUGAUAUUCGCUCUUCCAUGCCUGAGGCAUCCAGUAGACUGUUAAUAGAUAGAAACAUUAGUAAUAGGAAAAAUGAUUCGUCUAAGUUUUCUGCUUCUCCUUGCUCCCGCUCCCUUGAUUUUCCCCUAUCUGAUACUUGUGAACACUCUUUGAUCCAUUCCUUCAAAACUGUUGAUAAACCAGCCAUCAAGAAGAUUGCAGGGCUUCCUCUGCCUCCUGCCCAUGUCUCUAGAAAGGGAAGGAAAGUUCCCAGCCAUCAAGAGGAUGUACAGUCUUUGAGAUUGCUUCAUAAUCAUUAUCUGCAGUGGCGAUAUGCCAAUGCAAAAGCUGAGGUCUGUAUCAAAGCUCAGAGAAGAGAAACUGAGAGAACACUAUAUUCCCUCGGUCUCAAAAUAUCAGAACUAUAUGACUCGGUGAAACAAAAACGGAUUGAACAUAGCCUUCUACAAAGGAUAAAAGCUCUGUCAACAAUUCUUGAAGCUCAAAUGCCAUACCUAGAAGAAUGGUCAACUCUUGAAGAGGAUUAUUCAGUAUCUUUAACAGAAGCAAUUCAAGCUUUCAUGAACGUCUCACUUCGACUUCCAAUCAGUGGCAAUUUCAGAAGUGAUGUAAGGGAGUUAGGGGAGGCAUUGAACUCUGCUACGAAGUUGAUGGAAUCAAUAGUAAUCCAUAUUCAAGGCCUUAUGCCAAAGGCUGAAGAAAUGGAAUAUUUCAUUUCUGAACUAGCCAGAGUGAUUGGAGGAGAAAGAGCACUGAUAGAAGAAUGUGGGGAUCAGCUGUUUAUGACAUUUAGAUCACAGGUGGAGGAAUGCAGCAUACGUGGCCAGCUUAUUCAGCUGCAGCGACUGAUCAGUCACGGUCAACUCCAGCAAGAUGAGCUUAUCAGAUGACGGUUUCCCUCGAGGGAUUUUCUUUCUUUCUUUCUUUCUCCUUUUGAUCUUCCUCUACAUUUUAUAUUCCCUGUCAUGCAUGUAAAAUAAAGCUAUAUUGAUGAUGGCUAUAGCUUUCAUGAGAUGAGUUGAUUUGGGGAUCGAUUAAUGCUAAGAACCUUGCAUUGUACCAAAAGGUACAGCUGUGCUCAUGGAAUAACUCCAUAUGCGACUGAGAUUGGGCAGGAAUGCCUGGCGAUGUCUCUAAAGAUUGUACGUAAACUUCCUUAACGCGCCUAUGUCUGGUGCAAAUGACUCCGUUGAACUUCGCUGUUUCCAAGUUUACUUCUCCUAAUGGCUCCUCAACUUCCUUGUUUUUA